GGCUUCAGCUAUGGCAAUGCACAGCUCGUCGGAGAAGAUAGACGUUCCCGGCGAACAUACUCAGACAGGAACUUACCUCCUAGAGAAGGCAACCGCCACCAUCCAAAACUUUGCUCCCCUCAAAAAUAUCCAUCAACACCUCUGCGCAUUUCACUUUUACGCCGAUGACAUGACUCGGCAAGUGGAGGCGCAUCACUAUUGCGGUCACCUAAACGAGGAGAUGCGUCAGUGUUUAAUCUACGACGGACCCGACGCAGAUUCAAAGUUAAUCGGAGUUGAAUACAUAGUAACGGAAAACAUAUUCAUGACUCUCCCCGACGAGGAAAAGCCCAUGUGGCAUAGCCACGCGUACGAGGUUAAGAGCGGCGUUCUGUUCAUGCCGGGUAUGCCGGCGGCGGUGCAGCACAUGGACCUUGAGAAGGUGGCGAAGACUUAUGGUAAGACAAUCCAUUUUUGGCAGGUUGAGAAAGGAGAUGUUCUUCCGCUGGGUAUACCUCAGAUUAUGAUGGCUCUGACUAGGGACGGUCAGCUUUAUCGGAAUCUUGCGACCGAGGUGGAGAAUCGGUAUGGUGUUUCGUUUGAAGAUGAGAGAGUUAAGCGUGUGGAUAUGAAGGGGCCGGACCAUGGACUGCAUCCGCUGGCUAAUGCGGCUGGGAAAGGGCUCAAGACUGUGCUCAGGGAGACCGAUUGCAAACCGGUUGGGAGUGUUCCUAGGGCUUUUGUUUAAACCUGGAACAACCAUGGCUACCUCCUCCUGC